CACGACUGCAAUACAAAUAAGAACGCGUGGCAUCUUGCCGUACGACAAACCGCUUGAAAUACAAAGCAACGAGUCGACAAAAAUGUCGAGAGUAUUUUGUUAACAUCGUCCGCUAAAGGGUGUUUUAAAUCUUGUUAAAUAAGUUCUCCACACACACGGACAACAACACAUUUAAUCUGUUGAUAAUUGAAUAAAAGAAGAUUUGAUACGUGCAACAUGUAUAUGGUGUAAUGAUCUGAUUUUACAUGACAAUACGUUCCUGUUUAACGUCCAAGUAAUAUAUUUAAUGACCUCGUGAUUCGAGUUUAAUAUCGGCUACAAACAUGGCAGCGACAGAUGAUACGAAUCUUGAUUUCAAAGUUACAAUGGAGUACCCAGACUCUCAAAAUAUUGAAGGAGAGCUGACAGUAGGAAGUAAACAGAAAUCAAAUCUUGGUGAACCUGAAUUCAAUACAUUGGAUGAACCAAUUAGAGAUACAAUUCUAAGGGAUGUCCGCGCAGUAGGCAAAAAGUUUUCUUAUGUUUUAUAUCCCAAGGAGAAGAAAAGCUUAUUGAAAGAAUGGGAUCUUUGGGGACCAUUAGUAUUAUGUACAUUCAUGGCAAUGAUACUACAAGGUUCUUCUGAUAGAAUAAAUAAUUUUAAUGAUGGGGGACCAGAAUUUGCAGAAGUUUUUGUAAUUGUCUGGAUUGGGUCUAUGGUUGUCACAUUAAACUCCAAAUUAUUAGGUGGCAAUAUAUCCUUCUUUCAAAGCAUUUGCGUCCUAGGCUACUGCUUACUACCAACUGCCAUUGCUCUUAUUUUGUGCAGAAUCAUAUUAAUGGCAGAACAGACAACUUUCCUAUUUAUUCUAAGAUUUAUCACCACUAAGAUUGGCUUCAUAUGGGCAAUAUACGCAUCAAUGGCAUUUCUCGGUGACAGCCAGCCGUUAGGAAGAAAAGCUUUAGCCAUGUACCCAAUAUUUUUGUUCUACUUUGUAAUUUCAUGGCUAGUUAUAUCUCAUACUACGUGAAGAAUAAAAUCUAAGGUAAUUAUAAUAAUAAGACUGUACAUUGUUCCACACUUGUGCACAAAAAAAAAAGAAAGGCGAGUACGAAGCAUUGCUUUG